UAUGAAACCUGAUCGUAGUAGUCAAGAAAUUCGGUAACCGCCCGUGAAAACAAUGCUCUCGGCCACCCUUAAUAUCGUAUGAAUUUGGAUUAUUGCGGGUAAAAAAAAAUGAGUCUGUGGUUAUUAAUUAUUUUAUUCGGGUGGUGGGUCUGUCGCUGGUGGAGAGUGAAACGAAAAUUCAGGAAGUAUUUGGAUAAAAUACCGGGACCCCCUGCGUUGCCCAUCUUGGGGAACACUAUUCAACUCUACGUAGAUCAUGACGAACUAUUUCGACGAUUAACGGCCAUGCGAUUGUUAUGGGGACAUCGAGAUGGAAUUAAUAAAGCUUGGCUGGGCCAAAGGCCUUAUGUCUUCGUUAGUAAAGCUUCCACCGUGGAACCGAUACUUGGAAGUAAUCAACAUAUUAAUAAAAGCUCGGACUAUCGUUACCUCCGACCUUGGCUCGGCUCAGGAUUACUUACUGGCUACGGUAACAAGUGGUACACUAGAAGGAAGAUCCUUACGCCAACUUUUCACUUCAAAAUUCUGGAAGACUUUGUCGAAAUUUUCGGAGAACAGACCGAGAUUUUAGUGGACAAAAUGUCGACUAAAUUGGGAAAAGAGUCUUUCAAUAUAUUCCCAUUCGUGACGCUAUGCACGCUGGACAUUAUUUGCGAAACUGCUAUGGGUCGUCAGGUGUUCGCGCAAAACGAUUGCGAUAGCAUUUACGUUCGCGCCGUGUACGACAUUGGACGGAUCAUACAAACCAGACAGACGACUCUGUGGUACCAACCAGAUCUUCUGUUUCGACUGUCCCCUCUGUAUCGGAAACACCAGGAGUGCAUUAGAAUUUUGCAUGGCUUUUCUAAAAAGGUGAUAUCCGAGAGAAGACUGGAAAUCAAGGAUGAGUGUAAGAACAACAAUGUCGUCGAAGCAGAAAGGAAGAAGAAACUAGCCUUUCUGGAUCUACUAAUCGAAGCAUCCCAAGGUGGAUCCAUUCUUUCGGAUGAAGACAUACGCGAGGAGGUCGAUACAUUCAUGUUUGAGGGCCACGACACCACCUCGUCAGCAGUCUGUUGGACACUCUUUCUCUUGGGAUGUCACCAAGAGUAUCAGAACAAAGUUGUGGAAGAAUUGGUAACGAUCUUCGGCUAUCCAAGUAAUAAUAACGACCGCCGUUGUACUCUACGAGACUUGAAGGAGAUGAAAUAUUUGGAGAGGUGUAUCAAGGAGUCUCUGAGAUUGUACCCUAGCGUUCCCUUUCUUGCACGAAGAAUCGCAAAAGAUGUACAAAUAGGAAAAUAUCUUGUUCCCGAAGGCACGACGGCGAUGGUAAUUGUGCCAAUGCUACAUCGGGAUCCAAAAGUUUUCCCAAAACCAGAAGUAUUCGAUCCAGAUCGGUUUUUGGUUGAAAAUUGUAUCGGCCGACAUCCAUACGCUUAUAUACCAUUCAGUGCCGGUCCGAGAAAUUGCAUAGGGCAGAAAUUCGCGUUACUAGAAGAAAAGGCAAUUAUCUCUGGGAUAUUACGAAAGUACAGAAUCGAAGCGGCUGAACGUCGAGAGGAUGUAUGCGUUACAGGGGAACUCGUCCUGAGAGCAAAAGGUGGCCUCCACAUCAGAAUAUCGCCUCGAAAAUUUUAAAAUCCAGUACACUUAUCCAACGCAGCGACUUGUAUCAAGUCCUGAAUACGCAUCUAAGCUAUCAACACUCAUUUGCCUAGAAGUUUGAUGUUUGUGCAGUACUGAAUUUCCAGAUUUUUAAAAAUUAAAGUGAGCAGAGUAACACGGAAAAUGUG